AUGUGCGAAUCUGGCCAAAUUGCAAGGCAUGCGAUAACAGAGCUUCCUGAGAACAGCGUGUGCCAAGAUAAACUUUUUAAAACGGCGAAUGCGCCUUCAUUUUGUGCCAGAUCCAAAACCAGUUUUGGAGCGCUUUGCUUUUGCUAUGCUGCAGACCUUUGUUUGGAAGGGGCUUUUCUUGCGCAUUUGCAUCGGAACUGCAGUCGCGAUCGGUGUUUGCACCUUUUGCCUGCCAGAACGGGCCGGCAGCCCGCUGGCACUUCUCGCUUGCAUGCUCGGCCCAGCAGGCCUUCUUCUCCAGGCUCUCUGUGUCCUCGCCAUAUCCACAUUGCCCCGAGCUGCCUCCAGCUUUCUGUGUUCGAUUGCUUGCACCUCUUUCUGAAAGCACACUUGUUGAGACGCUUAAAAUUCCUCACGCCCGAAAACAGCCAAAAACGGCACGAGACACUCCCGGAUCUUCCUACAAAUGCUGCUGCGCUCGCAAUCCUGGCAGGAAGGCGCGGCAUAUCCUUCUCGGGUUCUCGCGGGUGUGCACCCACUUCUCUGUGUUUCCGUUUCUCCACCCGGCACCAUGCUAUGUCUAAGCGCAUGCUGCUUUUUGUUUUGCACUUCCCGCUGCCAACAAGUAAGUUAAAUCAAGAUGAAACUUGGUUUAUACACCAUAAACAGUCCUCUGGCAGCAAAAAAGAAUCAAUGGAGAAAUAA